AUGACCUCGCUCGGGGAGCUUCCGCCGGAGUUGUACAAUUUGUUCGUCGACCAUCUCGACCUGGCCGACAUCAAGAAUAUGCGACUUGUUAGUCGUGACGUUGCCGAUAAAGCUACCCAGGAUCGGUUUCACUCUUUUUACAAGAGCAAGCAUCUCGAUAUCACAAAGCGUAAUCUGGAGGACUUUGUUUGGAUAGUGUCGAACAGCGCUCUGGCGAAGAAACUGGAAGAUCUGUCGCUCGUGGCCCUUGUCCCCAAUACAGUACGCCUGAAGGACAUUAUCAUCACUCGCAAACGACCAACUCCAUUGAUGAUCGAAACGAACUGGGACGAAGAUGACGGAGAUGAGGAAGAGCUGGAAAAUUGCAGCGAUGAAGCUUUGUCCAAAGUCAUGGACGACUUCAUCGUGUUGAGCGAGUGGCAGGAUGAUGGCGACCGUCUUCGCAAGAACGGGAGGGACGUGUGCCUUCUGAGCAGAGCGCUUAGCGGACUUGCAGCUGACGGCGUUAGCUUGCGAAGCCUGUCCACCUCGGUCGUGACCUACCAAUACGACACCACUACUAGGCUUUUUCCGGUAGAAGUGAAGUGCCGCCUAUGGGUCCAAGAGGCAGCGGCACAUACGUUCAGCAUGGCCAUGAAGAGCCUGCGCCACAGUGGUUUGCGCGUCGAGUGCCUCCACUUCUUCUGCCUCGACCAAGCUUGCGGCGUCGCUCACGACACGCUGUCACAAUUCAACUGGACGCAGCCCAAGGCCUUCCACCUGGCAGCUCUGAGGGUGCUCUCGCUUCGUCUCACGGAUCAGGUCAUUUUCGAAUCCGCGUACGCUACAAGGAAUGGGGGAGAUCAUUCGCGAACGGACUCGAGGCACCUGACCGACGAAACACGUCAUCCGCUACCCACGCUGGAGGAGUUGGAAGAGAAUGCAAGGCAGUCAACGAUCGCCCUCACUCGUAUGUUGGAGGCAUGCUCGAACCUCGAAGUAUUGGAACUCGCAAAGUAUAACUUGAGCUACAAGUCCGCGGAGUUGAACAUAGCUACAAUGCGAUCCAGGCCUCGAUACAUGGACAGUCUCGCGCUGAUGCGGCCGAUGAAAACCUUGCGCAGCCUGCAUCUGGCGGGCUUUUGCACGGAUGAGGAUCAGCUCGCAGCUUUUCUCAGAGCGCAUGGUCCAGUGCUCGAAGAUCUCAGGUUGCGUAACAUUCGCCUUGUCCAGGGAAGCUGGCGCCGCACACUGUCCGUCCUCACCGAAGCCGCGUUUUCGCUUGAUAGUCUCCAUUUGGAAGACUUGUCAGAUAAUGACGGCCACGUCAUGUGCUUCAGCAACAACCAAGAGGAUUCUGAGUGCACUGAAGUUGAGGACGGUCAUAUUGAAGGCAACGAUAUCUACCGAUGGGGCGCAGAUACAUGGCAGCCAAUAACCUUCCGCGAGGACCGCGAACUGGACUACGACGAUGAUGAUGUGCAAUUGUGGUCGCGAGCAAUAGCAAACUCCGACCCUUCCACAUCCCAACGCAAGACGCCACAGAAAUUUCGCCGAAAAAGCAUGUCACAAGCCGGUCCAGCACUCUCUCCCUCCGCCAUAAUCGUAAUCUGCAUCCUCAUCGCAGGUGCCUUGGUUCUCUGCAGCUGGGCUCUGUUCCGCCACUUGUGCUCCGACCGCGACGACGAGAACUUCGGACUGGAUCGAGCAGCGCCGGACAUGAGGGAGAGAUUCAGCCAGGCGCAGUACAUGCGGUUGGUCAGGUUGAAGGCAAAGGAGGACUUGAUGGGAAGAAGUGGAGCGAGAAGGGAGAAGGGAAUGGGAAGUGGAGAUUGGGGGUCUUGGAGCGCGGCCAUGAACCGGUCGACGAGAAAGCUAGUCGAGCGACUGGACAGCUCGCGACCGAGUCACGCCUUGCGGGAACGCCAGCGGAAAGAACCAGACUGUGCAGCCAAUUGGGACGCCAACGUCUAA